GCGCGCCUCAGGCGGCAGCCGCGCGAGAGGGACUUUGUGUUCCUCUGACCCUCCUGGGGGCGCUUCCUCCCGUGCCGCCCUUCCCCUCCCGCGCCGCGUCCUUGGGAGGCGCCUCCCAUUCGGCGGGACCGACCGGGGGGAUGGAGGGGGCACGCUCCUGCAGCCCUCCCGGGACCCUGAAGAGACGCCCGCGUGCGACCUGAGACGCCGCCCUCGCCGAGGGCCCAUGGGCGCGUCCCCACGGGCGGGCGGCGGACGUGAGGGCGGCGAGCGGCGGGGCCGUAGGUAGGGAGCGGCCGCGCUCGGGCUCGGCCCCGCGCAGCCGCGCGCGCGCCUGCCGCAGCCCGGGCCGCGCCCGCCCCGCUCUCCGCGCCGGCCCGGAGCCCGGUCCGCGAGCGGCGUGCGGCGGCGGCGGCCGGAGGGACGAUGAGCUGCGCGGGGCGGGCGGGCCCUGCCCGGCUCGCCGCGCUCGCCCUGCUGACCUGCAGCCUGUGGCCGGCGCGGGCAGACAACGCGAGCCAGGAGUACUACACGGCGCUCAUCAACGUGACGGUGCAGGAGCCCGGCCGCGGAGCCCCGCUCACGUUCCGCAUCGACCGCGGGCGCUACGGGCUGGACUCCCCCAAGGCCGAGGUCCGCGGCCAGGUGCUGGCGCCGCUGCCCCUCCACGGAGUUGCUGAUCAUCUGGGCUGUGAUCCACAAACCCGGUUCUUUGUCCCUCCUAAUACCAAACAGUGGAUUGCCUUGCUGCAGAGGGGAAACUGCACAUUUAAAGAGAAAAUAUCACGGGCUGCUUUCCACAAUGCAGUUGCUGUAGUCAUCUACAAUAAUAAAUCCAAAGAGGAGCCGGUGACCAUGACUCACCCAGGCACUGGAGAUAUUAUUGCUGUCAUGAUAACAGAAUUGAGGGGUAAGGAUAUUUUGAGUUAUCUGGAGAAAAACAUCUCUGUACAAAUGACAAUAGCUGUUGGAACUCGAAUGCCACCGAAGAACUUCAGCCGUGGCUCUCUAGUCUUCGUGUCAAUAUCCUUUAUUGUUUUGAUGAUUAUUUCUUCAGCAUGGCUCAUAUUCUACUUCAUUCAGAAGAUCAGGUACACAAAUGCACGCGACAGGAACCAGCGUCGUCUUGGAGAUGCAGCUAAGAAAGCCAUCAGUAAAUUGACAACGAGGACAGUAAAGAAGGGUGACAAGGAAACUGACCCAGACUUUGAUCAUUGCGCAGUCUGCAUAGAGAGCUAUAAGCAGAAUGAUGUCGUCCGAAUUCUCCCCUGCAAGCAUGUUUUCCACAAAUCCUGCGUGGAUCCCUGGCUUAGUGAACACUGUACCUGUCCUAUGUGCAAACUUAAUAUAUUGAAGGCCUUGGGAAUUGUGCCGAAUUUGCCAUGUACUGAUAACGUAGCAUUCGAUAUGGAAAGGCUCACCAGAACCCAAGCUGUAAACCGAAGAUCAGCCCUUGGCGACCUUGCCGGCGACAACUCCCUCGGCCUUGAGCCACUUCGAACUUCGGGGAUCUCGCCUCUUCCUCAGGAUGGGGAGCUCACUCCGAGAACAGGAGAAAUCAACAUUGCAGUAACAAGUGGUCACUUUUUUCAUCGAAACUCCUUGUCCCCUCGGAGUCUGGUGUAUGAAAGCGAAUUCUCCACGAUCGAACCUUCUUUGGACAUCAUCCGUUUUGGAAGAAUGGCAGCACUUUUCAAGCACAGGUUGGGGUUCAGGGUUAAUUUGCAAAGUUCCCCAAGGUGAGGCAUUGAGGACAGUAGUAUUGCCCAGGUGAGCCUUGUGGUAUUGAAAACCCGCCCAAGCUGAUCAUUGAAGGUGGGCGCGCAGCAAGCCUGGCUGUUUGCAGAGAAGAGGCUGGACCCAGGAUUAACGUUGCAUUGGAGACGCAUCUCUGAAUACUCACAUGCUGUUCUGUGCCAGGGAAGCUGGGGUUUUUAACAUCCUUUUGUGGUCCCUGCUUACGACACAUACCUCCCUGUGGGAGAAGCUUCCUACCCGUGUGGAGUGCAGGUGCUGCUCCCUGACUGGCUCUGGAUGCUCCCCUCUCGCUUAUUCUACUUCCUGCUGAAGGGCCUCUUCUAAAGGGGGUUGAGAGAAGGCCUUGCCUUUGUAUCUCCUCUGAGACUGACCACCCACUUCCUGCCUGGGCAGGGCUGUGGGAGACGCAGGCCGUGGGGCCGGGUCUGUGUGCGGGGCCAGGCAGCCAUCUGCAUUGCCAUUUUCCAGCCUCCAUGUUGAGCAUGACGUAAAGUGACAAGUGUUUAUGUCAGCACAGAAACACUGAAGGCCCUUCCAUCCUGCAGCCUGUGGACAUUUCUACUCGGCCACCCCUGAGUAUAGGGAGUGUGUGUAUAGGGAGGGGGCACCCGGGAGCCCAGCCCAGCAGUGUCUCUGGGCACAGUGAUUUCACGGGGAUGGCCAGCAGUUGUGAAAAACAGAAUGAUCUGGAAUGUCUCAUUGGGAAGGCCAAACCCCCUUCUUGCUGCAGGUGCCAGAUAAGCUCUCACCUUCAGUGUCCACUGUGCAGCCCAGUCCCCUCCACCAGUCCCAGCAUAGCAUGAAAAGGCACAGGAGCACCAGCUGCCGGGCUUACAGGACAGGGUGCAGCAGCCCGCAUCCCAGGCCAGCAUCCCAGGCAUCAGGGACAUGCAGGAUCUUCCCACACACCUGGGAUGACAUCGAAUUAGCAUGAUGAGAAAAUUGCAUCUUGCGAGUAAUCCCAGUCCAGAACCACCAUGGGCAAAUUUGUGAAACGAAUCUGCACACCCUCUUUGCAAAAGGACACACCUGAGUUGAGUCUGCCUGUCCUCACUGGUAUGAGCUGUGUGGAGCGUGAGGCGCACAGAGCCUGGCUGUGAGAAGAGGAACCUCAGUCUGCACGUGCCUAGGGUCAGAUCUGAUGGCAAACCAAGCAGAUGCGUGAAUCCCCCGCCCUGUUCUCACUGACUGUGGAACAUGAAUUUGAAGUGGACACUUGCCGUUUUCCCAAAGUG